AUGAGCCACUCUGACAGCACCCCUGUCAGCCCAAUGCACACCACUACCUCAAGAGCCUCAGUCGGCAAUCUCCAAGGCUUUUUGAAGAGCCCAAAAAAACGCAUCUCGAUGGACCUCAGCGCCUGUGUGCCAGACACAGAUGGGGAAGUCAUCGAUUUCAUUGAGCGACGCCGUGUCCUCGCCACCAAGACCUUCGUUGUGAAGCUGUGGCAGCGGGGCAUUUUGACCGGGGACAUUGUGGCUCCUGCCAGGGCUGAGCUGCAGCUCAUAACUCAGGUGCUUCGAGCGGAUGACCCAGAAGAGACCCAAGCAGUGAGCGAUUGUCGCUUCCUCAUUCAGGUGGAGGAGUUGGCCGCAGUCAUCGCAAUGACCGUGACGAGGGAGAGCAAGACCACCGGCCGCUGGCCACCCACCCCCGCAGGACGGUUCAAAGAAUGGGCCAAGUACCUCAUGUCAGUGGAGCGGUGCUGCCACGAGACGGAGCGCCAGGUGCUUUCCUGGAUUGUGCGCUUCAGGCUAUUGCACACAGGCGAGCUUCCUGAAACACCUCGCGACGAUAGCUUCGACCACCGGGUACGGGUUGCAGAGUUCUGGCACGAGUACCACAAGGACCGCACCCGGGCUUGA